GAACAUAACAGAAAUUUCGUGUCGCACUAAUAGCCGAACAAUAGAACAGACGAGUAGCAACGAAAUGAGAAAUCGUAUACAUGUGAUUCCUGUCACGAGGUAUGUACAUACAUACUCGGCAGCAGUUCACGGAAUACCGUUGAUUGGCUCCUUAGAGUGAUCAUAGCGAUAACGAGAUGUGCUGUAACAUGGUAAAGAUUUGAUAGUAAUACCGAAUGCCCGAUGGAGACCCGUGGCAGUAAAACCGACUGCAGUGACGUAUUCGAAGAGACGACGUCCGUUGUCUUCUCAUCGCCGUUAUCGUGUGGUUCUUACAGGCGAACAAUGUCGUCCGAUAAGCAAAAUUCAACUUCGACAUAUUGUAGAAUAUGUCACGAAGAUGACAGCUUGGAGGAGUUGGUGGAUCCUUGCAAGUGUAGCGGUUCUGUCGGACUGGUUCACGCUAGCUGUUUAGAGAAAUGGUUGUCAACAUCGAACACCGAUCGUUGUGAAAUCUGUAAAUACGUAUUCACAAUUGAAAAGAAGAAGAAACCAAUCUCCGAGUCAGCCUGCCAAUGGUGGCGAAGUAAAAGUGUCAAUGGGCCCCGAGGGAUCGGCGGAGAUGCAAUUUGUCUGGCUAUACUGACACCCUUGUGUUUUAUCGCUACAUAUUUAUGCGCCAUCGGUGCAUCCGCAUAUUCUCGUCUUGGAUACUGGGAAGGAACUGGUUUAGCGAUUUUGUGCUCGUUACUCGUCAUAACUUACUGCAUCUGGCUGACGAUUACUAUCAGGUACCAUUACAAAAUAUGGCGUCGUUGGCGAAGGCAGAAUCAAGACGUGGUACUUUUGGUGAAGCAUAAAACCAAUUCGCCGGACCGCAACGACACAGCGCAAUCCGCACUUGAGCAGAAAUCACCACGCCAUAGGCAGGAUAGGAAUAACAAUAGAGGGAUGCCGGAAAGACCGAUGCCUAGAUUCAUUUUCAACGUGCCAUUCAAUCACAAUGAAGAUCCUACGUUUACCGUGCAUCAACAAACGAGCUUUGUUUGAUAGUAUAAUUCGAAUUGUAAUUUGUAGAUGAUAUACAUGGAGGAAAGAAUGUCGAAGAAGUAAGACAGACUACCCGGUCUGAACUCGAAAAAAAGUGGGAGGGGCAUUUUUUAUAAAUAUUUUAUAAUAAAAAGAAACAAUAAAAAAAAUCGGUGAAUAAUUCAGUGCGGGCUCGAUCAGCAUUUUCUAGUCUUCCUUAACAGUCCGUGGAAUCAGAUAUCUUAUCCGCAUGAUAAAGUUUAUUCUAUGUGUUGUUAUCACCAGAGUCAAAUUGAAAGUACAUACGUACGUGCGAUAUCUAUGUAUAACGCCAUGCCAAUUUUUCAUA